UUUAAAUCACAUAAUUUCACAUGAAUUUCACACAGUUUUAAUAUAUAUUCGUUAACAGCCAUAGACUAAAAUAAAAUCAACUAUACAAAAUAGCUUUGCAAUAUUAUACAUAUAACACAUUUAUUAUAUUAAAAUUUAAAAUAAACAAUAUAUUAAUAAUACCAGCUUCAUAUUUGGAAAUCAUUCUCUUACAAGUAAAUUAUCAUUCAUCAAUCGCUCGAACUUUAAACACAUUAAAGUUAUGACAACAAAGAAGCUAGGGAUACGUUCUUCAAAAAGGGUUAAAUAUUCUGAUUUAGAUGAACAAAUUCAUAAAGAUGAUGAUAUCAAAGAAAUAGAUGCCACCUUCAAUGUUGAACUUUUUAAUUAUUAUCUUAAAGAUCCUCAACUUACUUUUCAAGGACUGGAAAAAAUGAUUCUAUAUUCACAAAAAUUUGAUAUAUCUCAAUUUGCUCAAGAUUAUAUAUUAGAGACUAGAAAUGAGUCUUAUUUGCUUAAUUUGUUACUUGAUGCUAAACAUAGAAAAAAGAGAGAAAUUUAUCUUGUCUUCACAGUUAUGGAAAAGUUAUUGUUACACGUAGCUUCAUUUAAUGACCAAUCAGACCUAGAUGCUUAUCACAGAGUUAAGUCUUAUGGAAAUGUCUUGUCCAAAAAUUUGUUAAGGAAUCACAAAUCAACCAUAUUUGACAUAAUGUUGAAAACUGAUAGUGGGCAUACACCAUCUCAAAUUGAUAAUUUAUCUUCUGCCUUAAAAUUGCUGGUUUCAAUCGUGACUCAAAACAAAUUUAUAGCGAAGGAAGCCCUGAUACAAAUAAAUUUUCAGAACAAUAACUUUAACAAUUUGCUAUACGCUAGUUAUCAAAAAUCCAAUUUAGAAAUCAGGAGUUGCUUAAUACGGUUUUUCGCAUCCUUUUAUCUGGUUGGCGAUUUUGAAAUCAUCAAAGAAAUUUCCACUAAACACAGAUUUAUUCAAUCCUUUUUCCCGGAACUUUACAAAGACACGGCUCAAAAUAUAAUAAUGCUCAUAUCCGUCCUACAUCAAAAGCUCAUCACUUUCAAUUCUUACAAAAUUGGCAACGACACAUUAGAAGAAAAUGUUAAUAAGGAAAAUUUUAACGGUGUUAGCAAAACUGUCAAAGUGAAUAUUUUUAACGUUUCGACUUUACUCCACCUAGGAAUGCUUUAUUUCUGGAAAGAAGACGGUGACUGGGAUAAGAUUGUUUAUACUCACGAGGGCUACCCCAAAAUGAAUGAAGAAACGAUAGUUCAAUCUGAGGAGAUUAUCGAACCCGAGCUUACUAAAAAUGUCCGAGAUUGCGUUCAUUCAUUUAUGAUAGACUUGCUUACUUCGCACAAAUAUGGAAUCAUAUUUAAGCGAAAACAUUCAUCAAAUAUUUAUACUAGAAAUUCUAACCAUUAUAUGACACUGUUUUUACGACAUUUUCCACCUCCUUUUUGGUUUACUAACAUUCAUAUUUUGAAACGAUCUACCGAUCUAAUAGUUGGAAUAAUUAGAGCGUGUCCCGAACAAUUUCCCAUAUAUUUGCAAAAUUUACAGAAAGAUUUAGAACCCAAGAUUAACCUCAGAUGGAAUCGUUGUUUCAACUUUAUACAAUUGCUCUACGACAGUCUACCUGAUCCAAAACCCUAUAAAUAUACACAAAAUUCACUUUCAGCCCUUGUGGAUUACUCUAUACCAGAUAUCAUAAAAUGUCACGUGCUUAACUUUUUAACUCCUACCUCUUUAUCACAUGACCCAGAGGCCCUAGUGGUUAAGCCCUUGUUAGCAUUUCUAGAUUCCAGUUUGAUUAGGGCUUUGAAAGUUUUAGAAAAUCUAGAACUUAGUGAGUUUAAAGAUGAAUACGAAACGAAGGGACAUAAGGAAGAAGGAACAGGUGAAAAUAUCAGGGAGGAAAGUGUGCCUUUGGGAAAUUUAUACGUUCAGAGAUUGUGCCAGAUAUUCCCAGAUCUAAGCAUCCUCUUAAAUCUCUUCAACUUCAUAACCCCAUCUCUAUCUCAGAAAUCCACCUGGUCACCUCUUAUAGCUUUACUUUUGCGUAUAUUUGUUUCGGCCAGUCGAGCCUUAUGUUAUCUAUUCAAUGCAGAUAUCGCAGUGAAAAGUCGCGUUAUUAGACGGACCUUUGUCAAAUUUUUGGAUUAUUGCGUUAAACAGCUAGGCACUCUAGCCAAUUUUUACAACCCAAUUAGUGUGGAUAAAAAGGAUCUUAAGAUUGGAGAACUUACAUUAUUGUUGGAUUGGAUAAGUAUAACCGUAGAAGUUCUCGAAAAGUGCCAUUACUUUGUUGGUGUUUUAUCAUAUUCCAUAUUUAAAUUUCCUAAUCUAUUUCUUGAUGCUAAUAAUUCUGUCGAUGAAAAUGAUCAUAAUAUAAACGAUAGUCUAGAAUCUAGAAAUAGUAAGAAAAACACUUUAACAACUUGUAAAAGUCAUAAGAAUAUGAUCAAAACUCCAGUUCAUGAAUUAGUAAGGAUUAUUCUAUCAACAUGUUAUCAAAUCUUUAAGACUAAAAAUAUUAAAUUUUUUGAUUAUAUUAACAAAAAGUUAAACACACAGAAAAUUAUGUCUCAAGCAUUUGAAGAUAUGUCUCAUUACAAAUCCUUGUGGAUUCUUGAAACCUUUUUUACUGCCUUAUUUCACACUGAAAAAACUGAGUUAGAAGAAAGGAAAUAUGUUUUAAAGGCGAUGAAGAAUAAUGAAACGAAUUUCGACGUUGACAAAAUCAUUGAUCAUUAUCUCGUACCUGCAGUGACUAGUUAUUGUGUUGAUACUAUAAUGAGACCUGAAGCCAAUUCAGAAAUAUCACUUGGUGAUUUUUUGGCAAAAAUUCCCUUGAAGGACAAUUUUGAAUAUAACUUUUUGCAACAAAAUUUGCGAAGAUUCUACAAUAAACCGGCUAAAUUUUUGAUGGAUGCUUUAAUGGAUGUUGAAUGCAUUGAUAAGCCCAACGAGACCGUUUCGGACCAAUUAUCUAUUAAGUCCGUCAUUAUUAACGACACCUUAUUAGAUCAAACUAUAACUCUUAGGAAAAAACACCCAAACAAUUUAUCAGCCGUCAAGCUCCAUCAUGACACUCUUCAAAUGGCCUACACUUUAGCUUCUCAUCUUAUCAGCCACUUACCCCCAUCAAAUGUGCGGUUACCAGAUAUAUUACAUUUUAUCGAAAAUAAAUUAACCAAAAUAAUAGUCUCAAAGGACGAAAUCGGAGGUUCUAAAAAAGCUCUUCAAAUUAUAAAAUGGCGACAAAUGGGAAGGAUGCUAACUAACCAAUCUUACAUAUCAAGGGCCCAUCUGUUAGCACAGCUUAUCUGUUUUUAUAGCCCUGUUCUCACUCUCGAUAAUAGUGAAAUUUUGGGCCUAAUUUACAAUUUAUGUCCAAGCAAUGAGUCUCGAAAUGUUAUUUUUAAACCCCCAUAUCUCUGGAGCCACAAAGGAGCUAAAAUCAUACUUUCAUCUCUCUUAAAUAAACAGCCCGACGCGCAUUCCUUGUGGGAGCACAAGGAGAUUCACGAGCAGAUAUUCGAAAUUCUACGCUCUGACUGGUUAAAAUGCUCAACCCUUAAUUUCCCCUCCAAAAUUCCUCUAACUUACGAAUCUAUUAUUUUUGAAAAUGAGCUGGAUAUCAGUUCGCAUUCUAUUUACGAUCCCAGAUAUCUUUUGCCCCUCUUUUAUCAUGUUACCUCUUCAGGGAAUAUCCUAAAUGUCGGCAAAUUUAUUACAAUGGGCUGUCUUAACUACGUAUUAUGUGGUAUAACCAGUUACGAUCAGAAUUUUAGAAAAUUGUCCAUCUCCACCUUAGACAAUAUUUAUCAACAACUAUUUACUUACGACUCAUCGUUCAAACCCAGAGAACAAAUAUUGUUUUUCCUUAAAUUAUUAAAAAAUACGCUUAAUUGGGAGAAAAGGGUGCCUCAUCUUAUAGUUUCAUUUUGGAUGGAAUUCUUAAACAUAUUGCUCAAUCCUGCUCAUAUAUUAUUCAAGACAAUUUUGAGGAUUUUGCUUCAAAGCCCUUAUUUGAUUACUCGUGAUAUACCUUCAUUCGAUAAAUUAUAUUAUAGUUGUUUACCACAACGAAACCAUGAGAGACAAUUUUUACUUCAAACACUUGAAUCCGGUUUACGAGAUAAUGAAGAUUUAAAGCUAUUGUUUCGUGCCGAUAGAUGUUAUUUAUCGAUUUUAAUGUCUAUGCAUAGUUACAAUAGCUAUCAUAAUAUCAUAGUGUUUAAGAUAUUGGCCAAAUGCAUCGUGAUUGAUAAACCCGUUAUGCUCAAAAACGCAUCAUUUCUUAGUUGGAUGGUGGACAAAUUUGCAGAUUUCGAUGCAAGCAAGAUAGAAGGUGAACGCUUGCUAGACUUAUUAUACAAGUUACUAACUCUUCCCACACAAAUCGAUAAUUAUUUUCCAUUUUUCCGACACCUCGAGAUAUCCGAUAUUAACUUAAAUUAUUUUAAAAAUUGUGUUAUAGCGGCCCAACUAUUUCAUAUACAUCGAAAUAUCAGAUUAUUAAAUAUCCGCUUAUUAGUGAUUAGCAUCAACUUAGCUAUAUUCGCCAAAUAUGUAUCUGUUUUGAAUAAAUAUUCGAGCAAAUUUAUUACUGAUAUAUUAUUAAAUAUAUUGGAUAUGUGUCAAAAUUCCUACCACGGGUUUAAAUUUGACAAUGACACAGAAAUCUUGAUUGAUAAUGAUAAUUGUAAUAUAAACGAACACCUAAAACCUUUAAUUUCAAACCUUACCCACCUUUUGGUAUUGUCGAACAAAGAUGUUAUUGCGAAUUCGUUUAAAUUAGGCGAAAAUGAUGAAAUUCCAUUUUUUUCCCAGGAACGUCAAAUAAUUUUUGAGAUAUCCCUCGAAUGUUUACAAAAAUAUUAUGAUUUACUAAUUCAAGUUGAUCAUUAAAUUCAUUUGAAAAUCAUACCACUGUAAAUAAUUAGAGUAAUUUUAUUACUUCCUUCAUGAUUUGAUGUGUUUUUAUCAAAUAUUAGAUAUUUCAUUACC